GUGUAUCUUUACAAAGCAUUUUUCUUGUAGAACUGUUUUGUCUGUAACUUUGCCCAUUUGGGUUUGUUUUUCAAGAAAGCAGAUUGGUGACAGCGAGAUCUCAAAGGUUCGUUUGGGAAUUGGGAUCAGAGCAGAGUGAAUUUUUGUAAAUUUGAUAGAGAUUUGUUUGCGUAUGGGUUUCUUCUGUACUCUACUGUUUCUCUGGAACUUUACCAAUUUGGGUUUGUUUUGAAAAAGUAGGUUUGGUGACACAGAUAACUGAAAAGGGUUGAUUUUGUUUUCUGGGAAUUGGGGGAACAGAACAGUGUGAAUUUGAGAGAGAUUUAGAGAUGGGUUUCUUCAGUACUAUACUGGGUUUUACGGGAUUUGGAGUUGGGGUUUCUGCUGGUCUCGUCAUUGGAUACUACUUCUUCAUCUACUUCCAGCCUAGCGAUGUCAAGGACCCUGUUAUUCGCCCAUUGAUUGAACAAGACUCGAGUACUUUGCAGCGGCUGCUUCCCGAGAUACCCCUUUGGGUGAAAAAUCCGGACUAUGAUCGUAUUGACUGGCUAAACAAGUUUAUUGAGUAUAUGUGGCCUUAUCUGGACAAGGCAAUAUGCAAGACUGCAAAGGAUAUUGCAAAACCCAUUAUCGCUGAGCAGAUUCCAAAGUAUAAAAUUGAAUCUGUUGAAUUUGAAACAUUUACUCUGGGUUCUCUUCCACCUACUUUCCAAGGAAUGAAGGUCUAUGUCACCGAUGAGAAGGAGUUGAUUAUGGAACCAUCCUUGAAAUGGGCAGGAAAUCCUAAUGUCGCUCUUGCAGUAAAAGCAUUUGGCUUGAAAGCAAGCAUUCAGGUGGUGGAUUUGCAAAUAUUUGCUGCACCACGUAUAACCCUAAAGCCGUUGGUUCCGAGCUUUCCUUGUUUUGCCAAAAUCUAUGUCUCUCUUAUGGAAAAGCCGCACGUGGACUUUGGACUCAAGUUCCUUGGGGCUGAUCUUAUGUCAGUGCCUGGUCUGUACAGGUUUGUUCAGGAGCUUAUCAAAGACCAGGCUGCCAGCAUGUAUCUGUGGCCCAGAACCCUAGAAGUACCAAUCAUGGACCCAACAAAAGCCAUGAGGAGGCCUGUAGGAAUUCUCCAUGUGAAGGUUCUGAGUGCAAUGAAGCUUAAAAAGAAAGAUCUGCUUGGUGCGUCAGAUCCUUAUGUAAAACUAAAGCUCACUGAGGAUAAGCUUCCAUCAAAGAAAACUACUGUGAAGCCUAGGAAUCUGAACCCCGAAUGGAAUGAGGAAUUUAAUUUCGUUGUUAAAGAUCCAGAGACCCAGGCUUUAGAACUUCAAGUUUAUGAUUGGGAGCAGGUUGGCAAACAUGAGAAGAUGGGUAUGAAUGUAGUUCCUUUGAAGGAACUUACCCCUGAUGAGCCAAAAGUGAUGACUCUUGAUCUACUGAAGAAUAUGAAUCCCAAUGAUGUUCAAAAUGAAAAGUCACGAGGGCAGCUCAUAGUGGAAUUGACGUAUAAACCUUUUAAGGAGGAGGACAUACCAAAAGAUUUUGAUGAUUCAAAUACAGUGGACAAGGCUCCGGAAGGGACACCUUCUAGUGGAGGCAUGCUUGUAAUUAUAGUUCACGAAGCACAAGAUGUUGAAGGAAAGCAUCACACCAAUCCAUAUGUGCGUAUCCUUUUUAGAGGGGAAGAGAAGAAAACUAAGCAUAUAAAGAAGAAUAGAGAUCCUAGAUGGGAAGAGGAAUUUCACUUCAUGCUUGAUGAGCCUCCCAUUAAUGACAAGCUUCACGUGGAGGUUGAGAGCACCUCAUCAAGAAUUGGAUUACUACAUCCCAAGGAAUCUUUGGGGUAUGUUGAUAUCAAUCUUUCGGAUGUCGUUAGCAACAAAAGGAUCAAUGAGAAGUACAAUCUCAUAGACUCAAAGAAUGGACGAAUCCAAAUUGAGCUGCAAUGGAGGACUUCUUGAGAUGUUGUCAGUUUGAGAUAGGCAUGUGAAGGGAAAAUUGUUGUGAUUGUUUCGUGUUGGUGACACCGAAUUAUUGUGUUUGUUAUUUGUGUACAUUGAUAGUAACUUCAAAAGUAUAGACACCAUGUAACUUUGUAUUCUUGCUGACACUGCUUACAAGUUUUAGCUUGUCAUAUUAGGUUCUGGUUUUGGUUCACUUUGUUUACUGGCAUUACUUCAAAGCAACAAUGUUGAUGAUGAUGAUGAUCAAAAUAUUAGUGUGGAAUGGUUGUUUUUGAUCUGCACAUUUA